AUAAAACAAAAGAGAAAAGGAAACAGGAUGAAUGACCUUUAUCCACGUUCAUCUAUCUUCUCCACUCCCUUUCGGCUUCAACGUCUUCACUCUUUCUUUAAUCCUUUCUUCAACUUCCAAACCGCGUUCUUCAAGGACCCUCUCGUCAUUUCCACUUUACUCUCCUCCUCCAUUGAUUCUUUCUCCUCUUCACUUCUUAAUUCUUUAAACAACUUGAGCUACCUGAUCACGCACACCAUCAUCGUCAUCACCUCAUUAUUCUAUUGUUUUAAUUCUUAAUUAUUCAAGAACGUACAUAAAUGGAGGAAAACGGCGAAGACAAGCUGAUCGCAGUGGCCAGACACAUCGCUCAACAACUCGGCAACAACGACUCCAUGGCCGACGACAUUUUCCAGAUUUUCUCUAACUUCGACGGCCGGUUUUCUCGCGAGAAACUAUCCUCCUCUACUAAACCAGGAGGAGGAGGAGACGAUCAUUUACGCGCCAUCGCUUCGCUCGACCACACUCUUCAGUCUUUAGAGCGUCAGAUCUCUCAGUAUGUGUCAGCUGAUCACCCGAUCUGGUCCGACUCCGCCGACUCCGCGGCUUUCCUCGACUCCAUAGACGAAUUAAUUUCCAUUAUCCGCGACUGGACUCCCAUGGCCAACUCUGAUAAAAACAUCAGCGCGUGCUUGUCACGCGCCGAGGAUUUUAUGCAGCAGGCUAUGUUCCGUCUAGAGGAGGAGUUUAGGCUACUAAUAGAACGCGGCUGUGAGUCUUUUGGGUUAACGCCGCUUAAUAACGGCGAGUCAAGCAUGUUCGACUCCGAUGAUGACGAUGAGGAAGCGGUUAACGGUGAUGCUCACGGUCACAUUCCGGUGGCUCAACCGUUGGGUGAUUAUGAUAUUGUGAUUGAUGCGCUUCCUUCCGGUACGAUUAACGAUCUCCAUGAGAUAGCGAAGAGAAUGGUGGCUGCUGGUUUUGGUAAAGCGUGUUCUCACGUGUACAGCAGCUCCAGGAGAGAGUUUCUAGAAGAAAGCAUGUCGAGAUUAGGGUUACAAAAAUUGAGUAUUGAUGAAGUUCAGAAAAUGCAAUGGCAAGACCUUGAAGAUGAGAUUGAUAAGUGGAUUAAGGCAUCCAAUGUUGCUCUCCAUAUCUUAUUCCCCAGCGAGCGUAGGCUGUGCGAUCGCGUUUUUUUCGGAUUCUCAUCGGCUGCUGACCUGUCGUUUAUGGAGGUUUGUCGAGGAUCAACUAUUCAGAUUCUUAAUUUUGCUGAUGCUGUUGCUAUUGGAAGCAGGUCGCCUGAGCGGUUGUUUAAGAUUCUCGAUUUGUUCGAGACUUUUAGAGAGUUAAUGCCCGAGUUUGAGGCUAACUUCUCUGACCAGUAUUGCAUUCUUCUUAGAAAUGACGCUGUUGCUAUAUGGAAGAGGUUAGGUGAAUCUAUUAGAGGAAUAUUUAUGGAGCUGGAGAAUUUGAUUAGGCGGGAUCCGGCUAAAUCUCCAAUUCCUCGUGGUGGACUACACCCAAUUACACGUUAUGUGAUGAACUAUGUGCGCGCUGCUUGUCGAUCAAGAGAGACGCUAGAACUAGUUUUUGAGGAGGGAGGGAAUGUUGUUCCGUUGAAAGAUUCGACUUCCUCGUCAUUGUCUGUUCAAAUGGCGUGGAUUAUGGAGUUAUUGGAGAGUAAUUUGGAGAUGAAGUCGAAGAUUUACGGGGAUCCUGCUUUGUGCUCUGUUUUUAUGAUGAAUAACGAGAGGUACAUUGUUCAGAAGGUUAAGGAUAGUGAGUUGGGUUCUCUUCUCGGAGAGGAUUGGAUUAGGAAACACACAGCCAAGAUCAAGCAAUAUCAUAUGAGUUACCAGCGGAGUUCAUGGAAUAAGGUUUUGGGAGUGUUGAAAUUAGAUAUUAGCCCUACAGCUUCUAAUUUUGCUGGGAAGCCCUUGUCUAUGAGAGAAAAGAUUAAGUUAUUCAAUUCCCAGUUUGAGGAUAUUUUUAGAACUCAAUCACAAUGGAUCAUAUUCGAUGAGCAGUUAAAAAAGGAGUUGAGGGUCUCUUUGGCCAACCUUUUGGUUCCGGCAUAUCAAAACUUCAUUAGAAGGUUCCAGAAUUCUCCUGAAGUCGGGAAGCAUGCCGAUAAGUAUAUCAAGUAUGGCGUGGAGGACAUUGAAAUGCAGAUUAACGAGUUGUUCCAAGGAGGCAGUGGAUCAUCUGGCAGCAGAAAGUAAAGGUAAUUUCAUUACCGUUAUCAUCUUUUAGGUGUGACAACUUGAUAAUUCUGGUCCUUAACUAGAUGUUUGAAUGUGUAUUGCAUUUCUCAUGUUGAUUAAUGUAAUUACUUAUAGGUAAUCAGAAUGUAUCCUAUUAAUGAGCCGAGAUAGAUUUUUCUUCUCUGAUAUUUAAGUAGUAAUUGAUUACUCAAAGGGAUCAACCAUAUGUUUGUUUCCUUGAUCUCUGUUUGAUAUGCACCUGUAAAAAAUCGUGUGUCAUAGAAAGUUGAAUUUUGUAGUAAAUGUAACAAAUCUAAAUUGUAGACAUUUGGCUUUCCUUUACCUUA